ACUAAAACCCUGUACAAACGUGGAACAAAAACCACAGAUUUAGUUGGCUAACCAAAAAUCCAAGAAUGGACAUAGAAGAGAUACACGCAAUUCUAAAAGGAGCGAGCGACAGUUCUGGAUCAAAUUUUGACGUCACUUUAAGAUGGUUUAAAGAGUGCGGUAUUGUCGAUGAAAAGACCAUUACCACAUCUAUGUACAUCAAAUCGUAUGAACGAUUAGCUCCCAACAGAGAAGACUUGACUCUUACAAAUUUGAUUUGUUUAUUGGGUAAGUACACUCUUCUCACGACUAUCUUCGCAAGAGAGACAAGGACAAACAUAGAAGAAUACUCCGACAAAUUCGAGACAGUAAAAGAUGUAAUAAUUGAGGAAAUCCAAGAGAAUAUAAGAAACAAAGAGAAUGAAAUGCUAUCUUCAUAUUCAUCAACUAUAUUUUCUCUUAGCGAAGAGAGUCUUAUAAAAAAACGGAUCAAGUUCACCCAUGAUCACUAA